AAGUUGUCGCGCUUUGCAUCUCCACCUCCGGUGCUCCGCCCCCGGUUUUACGUUUCGCCCCCGGCAGCGCGGACAGCGGAGCCAAGAUGGCGGCCGAGUUGGAGUACGAGUCUGUGCUGUGUGUGAAGCCGGACGUCAGCGUCUACCGGAUUCCGCCCCGGGCCUCCAACCGCGGUUACAGGGCAUCUGACUGGAAAUUAGACCAGCCUGAUUGGACUGGUCGCCUCCGAAUCACUUCAAAAGGGAAGACUGCCUAUAUCAAACUCGAGGAUAAAGUUUCAGGGGAGCUCUUUGCUCAGGCACCAGUAGAACAAUAUCCUGGUAUUGCUGUGGAGACAGUGACAGAUUCCAGCCGCUACUUUGUAAUCCGGAUCCAGGAUGGUACUGGGCGCAGUGCUUUCAUUGGCAUUGGCUUCACAGAUCGGGGAGAUGCCUUCGACUUUAAUGUCUCCUUGCAGGAUCACUUCAAGUGGGUAAAGCAGGAAUCUGAGAUUUCCAAGGAAUCUCAAGAAAUGGAUGCUCGUCCUAAGUUGGAUCUGGGCUUCAAGGAAGGACAAACCAUCAAGUUGAGUAUCGGGAACAUUACAAACAAGAAAGGAGGUGCUUCCAAGCCCAGGACUGCAAGGGGUGGGGGCCUGAGCUUACUCCCACCCCCGCCAGGAGGCAAAGUCACUAUUCCCCCACCAUCCUCCUCAGUUGCCAUCAGCAAUCAUGUCACCCCACCACCCAUUCCGAAAUCUAACCAUGGAGGCAGUGAUGCAGAUAUCCUUUUAGAUUUGGAUUCUCCUGCUCCUGUCACGACACCAGCACCAACUCCAGUUUCUGCAAGCAAUGACUUGUGGGGAGACUUCAGCACUGCAUCCAGCUCUGUUCCAAACCAGGCACCACAGCCAUCCAACUGGGUCCAGUUCUGAAUGGCAUUGGCAGGACAUUAAGGACAGACUUGAGGAAUAAAAAUGACCUUGAGGGCACCAAUCUGUGAGGGAAGUUAGGAACCCAUUUCCUCCCCAGAAUCAAAAUGACUGGACAAUCUUUUUCAUAGCUUCUCCAUCACAUUCAAGCUGGUUUAUGUCACUCCCCUGUGUUGUUACUUGUACAGCCAAGAAAGUAUCUGUUAAUCUCCUGCUUAGUACCAAGGUAGGGGACUAGUGAAUCUUAUCAUAGUUUUGGCUGACUAUGCAGGGCUCAAAAGGCCAGCGUCUGUUUGAGGGGGAAUGACCUCUGACAUCUGUAAAAUUUGUCUCAUCUUUUAAAUUCUUUAACUUAUUUCAAAAUCAUCUCAUGACCCUCGUGUGCCUCUUUGUGAAGCCCUAUUUAGCAAUUUCAGGGGAGUCAAAAACCUUGCAACUUCCUUCUCCACUAACCCAGGACUAAAAAUGGACAGGCUGACCUUAGUGUUUACAAAUUCAGAAUUUUGAUAGGGGUAGAUAUGGAGAAAGACCUAUUUCCUGGGUCUCUGCUGUGUAGUCUCCUUCAGGCUUAUUGUACACAGUGAACAUCCAGUGCUGGGUGCAGCUCCAUCACCCUCUUGUGUGUUUACAUGUCUCUUUCUAUGAUAAGAGGGUUGUGUUGGUGGCACCUCCACUACUCUUUUCUGUUUGUUGAAUUUGAAUUGUGUAACAUCUUUGACCAGUGGGUGUUUCUGUAAUGAAGGAGGUUCAAGAGGCUGUGCUUUCCAAGUGAUAGUCUAUAGGAAUGUUUGAUUUCUUGCAGCUCCAUCUGGUUGCUGCAUUUGAAGCAUGGCAUUAAUUUGUAUUUGCCCUGUUGUUUGACCUUAAGUUGAAGGGUUUAGAGUUUUUAACCUGAUCUGUAGAGCAGAGAGGUUGAAAGCACUUAACUCUUGUUUAGUAUCCUCAUUGCCUUGCUGCCUGGGUAUCUGGCCCCUUUUCAUAAACAUUUCUUUUCAGUUCAUGUAGUUCUUUAAUAGAAAGCUGCUAUUAUGUAUAUUGUCAUUUGUGAAGGAAGUUGGAGAGUCACAGAUUUACUGUGACAGGUUUUGCCCAAGUCUUUGAUACCUGUCACCCAGGGUAUCUUAAAAGCAAGUUGUUCUCCCACUACUUUCCUUUCCCUCUGCCCUGCCAUUCCUUUUACAAUGCUGUGAAAAAAGUUCUGCUUCUUAGGUGAAUGGGUACUUUCUAUUUUGUUUCUAAAUGAGCAAUUUUGAGGAUGAAAUGGGAAGAUAUCAUUUCUUCCUUUUUGCACCUAUUGGGUAUGUACACUCUGGCUGAAGGGAGUCCUUAUGUUUAGUUUCAAAAUAUAUUACUUUCCUGGAUUCCCUUCUUAACGUUUUCUGACUUUGGGUCCAUUUUCUUUUCAUUGCCUCCUUUUCCAGGCAGCUCUAUUCUUGCAGAGCCAUGGCAGGACAUAUUAAAAUUCCAGUAGAAAACACUAAAAGGAAAGUCUGUAGAAUCACUAGUGACUAAAUACUGGGAACCUAUUUUCUCAAUCUUCCUCCAUGUUGUGUUCUUUGUAUUCUCAAGAUGAUAAUAUAUUAUGUAUUUGAAUUCCUGAAAAAUGGAAAAUGUUUAAGAUAUAUGUAUAUAAAGCAUAUGCUGUAUUGGUGCAAUAAUGGUAAUUAAAAAUAUGAAAAAGUG